CCCAGGGGACAGUGAGGGACAGGCAGACAUGCGGCUGGGGCCCCGAGACCCCAACAGUGGCUUCCAGGCCCUGUGACGGGAGGACCCUGAGCCCCCGGCCCCGGGAGGGGCCAUGGUGCCUGCUGACCGACAUGUCAGCCGAGGUGCGGCUGAGGCGGCUCGAGCAGCUGGUUCUGGACCCCAGCUUCCUGGGGCUGGAGCCCCUGCUGGACCUUCUCCUGGGCGUCCACCAGGAGCUGGGCACCUCCGACCUGGCCCAGGACAAGUACGUGGCCGACUUUUUGCAGUGGGCGGAGCCCAUCGCGGCGAGGCUUAAGGAAGUUCGACUGCAGAGGGAAGACUUCGAGAUUCUGAAGGUGAUCGGACGCGGGGCGUUCAGCGAGGUAGCGGUGGUGAAGCUGAAGCAGACAGGCCAAGUGUACGCCAUGAAGAUCAUGAAUAAGUGGGACAUGCUAAAGAGAGGCGAGGUGUCAUGUUUUCGUGAAGAAAGGGAUGUACUGGUGAACGGGGACCGGCGCUGGAUCACGCAGCUUCAUUUCGCCUUCCAGGAUGAGAACUAUCUAUACCUGGUCAUGGAGUACUACGUGGGCGGGGACCUGCUAACGCUGCUGAGCAAGUUUGGGGAGCGGAUCCCGGCUGAUAUGGCACGCUUCUACCUGGCCGAGAUCGUGAUGGCCAUUGAUUCGGUGCACCGGCUAGGCUACGUGCACAGAGAUAUUAAACCAGAUAACAUCCUGCUGGACCGCUGUGGCCACAUACGCUUGGCAGAUUUCGGCUCCUGCCUCAAGCUACGGGAGGACGGAACAGUACGGUCACUGGUGGCCGUGGGCACCCCGGACUACCUGUCUCCUGAGAUCCUGCAGGCCGUGGGUGGCGGGCCUGGGACGGGCAGCUACGGGCCUGAGUGUGACUGGUGGGCGUUGGGCGUGUUCGCCUAUGAAAUGUUCUACGGGCAGACCCCUUUCUACGCUGACUCCACGGCUGAGACAUAUGGCAAGAUCGUCCACUACAAGGAACACCUGUCCCUGCCACUGGCUGACUCAGGGGUUCCUGAGGAGGCUCAAGAUCUGAUUCAGCGGCUACUGUGCCCCCGGGAGAUACGGCUGGGCCGGAAUGGCGCCGGUGACUUCCAGGAGCAUUCUUUCUUUGUUGGUCUUGACUGGGACAGACUCCGUGACAGCGCACCCCCCUUUACACCAGACUUUGAGGGAGCCACCGACACAUGCAACUUCGACUUAGUGGAGGAUGGGCUCACUGCCAUGGAGACGCUGUCUGACAUGCAGGAGGGUGCUCCGCUUGGGGUCCACUUGCCUUUCGUGGGCUACUCCUACUCCUGUAUGGCCCUCAGGGACAAUGAGGAGCCGGGCCCUACACCCAUGGAACUGGAGGCCAAGCCGUUGCCUGAAUCACAUGUAGCUGUCCCCAGCCUGGAGCCCAUGGAUCCCCCACCAGAGGAAACAGCCGAAGCCGUAGUUCCUGAUGAGGCCAAGGCGGCGGCUGAGAUUACACUGAGGGCGCUCCAGGAGGCCCUGGAGGAGGAGGUGCUGUCCCGGCAGAGCCUGAGGCGGGAGCUGGAGGCCAUCCGCAUGGCCAACCAGAACUUCGCCAGUCAGCUACGGGAGGCCGAGGCCCGGAACCAAGAGUUGGAGGCCCACGUCCGGCAGUUGCAGGAGCGGAUGGAGGGGCUGCAGGCAGAGGGAGCCUCAGGUCCAUAGGCCUGGCCUACCGGAGGCGCGUUCCUUGUUCAUGUUCGCCGCUGCUCUGGCUCGUGCCGCCGCCCUGGGCUGCACUGGGUUGGUGGCCCUCGCCAGCCAUCUCGCCCCGGCCAGACGCCGCCCCGGAGCCGCCUUCUCCCCCUGAACCAUAGAACCCCAGCCUGUCCGCCACUUGGGUCCUGCUGGAGGAUUGGGUGCCAGGGCACUACCCUGGAGUCGCUCCCACCGC